CAAGGAUUUGGAUACCUGACUCAGAACUAGUCUGGAAGUCGGCAGAACUUCUGAAAGAUUAUAAACCAGGAGACAAAGUCCUCCAUCUUCAACUUGAAGAUGGCAAGGAUAUUGAAUAUAAACUUGAUGUUAAGUCUAAGGACCUACCACCCUUGCGAAAUCCAGACAUACUUGUGGGUGAAAAUGACCUGACAGCACUCAGCUAUCUUCAUGAACCUGCUGUUCUUCAUAAUCUCAAAGUUCGAUUUAUAGACUCAAAACUCAUUUAUACAUAUUGUGGUAUAGUUUUAGUUGCCAUAAAUCCUUACGAGCAGCUGCCUAUCUAUGGCGAAGAUAUCAUCAAUGCCUACAGUGGCCAAAACAUGGGGGAUAUGGACCCCCACAUCUUUGCUGUGGCUGAGGAGGCAUACAAACAAAUGGCCAGAGAUGAACGGAACCAGUCAAUUAUUGUAAGUGGGGAAUCAGGAGCUGGAAAAACAGUAUCUGCUAAGUAUGCUAUGAGAUACUUUGCCACAGUGAGCGGGUCUGCAAGCGAAGCUAAUGUUGAAGAGAAAGUAUUAGCUUCUAAUCCUAUAAUGGAGUCUAUUGGGAAUGCUAAAACUACAAGAAAUGACAACAGCAGUCGCUUUGGGAAAUACAUUGAAAUUGGUUUUGAUAAGCGGUAUCGGAUCACUGGCGCUAACAUGAGGACUUACCUCCUAGAAAAAUCAAGAGUGGUAUUCCAGGCAGAAGAAGAGAGAAAUUACCAUAUCUUCUAUCAGCUUUGUGCUUCUGCAGCAUUACCUGAAUUUAAAGCUUUGCGAUUGGGGAAUGCAGGCUAUUUUCACUAUACAAAGCAAGGGGGCAGCCCAGUAAUUGAUGGAAUUGAUGAUGCUAAGGAAAUGGCUAAUACGCGACGGGCUUGCACUCUAUUAGGCAUUGUUGAUUCCUGUCAGAUGGGAAUCUUCCAAAUCCUUGCUGCUAUUCUUCACCUGGGCAAUGUGUCAUUCAUGUCUCGAGAUGCUGAUAGCUGUACAAUACCACCUAAACACGAACCCCUCAAGAUCUUCUGCGAUCUCAUGGGAGUGGAAUAUGAACAGAUGGCUCACUGGCUUUGCCAUAGGAAGCUUGCUACUGCCACAGAGACCUACAUCAAACCAAUUUCCAAGCUGCAAGCCAUCAAUGCUAGGGACGCUCUUGCAAAACAUAUCUAUGCUAACCUUUUUACCUGGAUUGUAGAUCAUGUGAACAAAGCUUUGCAAUCCACUGUGAAACAGCAUUCUUUCAUUGGCGUAUUAGACAUUUAUGGGUUUGAAACAUUUGAGAUCAACAGUUUUGAACAAUUCUGUAUAAAUUACGCCAAUGAGAAAUUACAGCAACAGUUCAAUAUGCAUGUCUUUAAGUUGGAGCAAGAAGAAUACAUGAGGGAACAAAUUCCUUGGACCUUGAUUGAUUUCUAUGACAAUCAGCCCUGCAUUAACCUCAUAGAGGCCAAAUUGGGGAUUUUGGAUCUGCUGGAUGAGGAAUGCAAGAUGCCUAAAGGUUCAGAUAAUAGUUGGGCCCAGAAAUUAUACAAUACUCACUUGAAUAAGACAGCACUUUUUGAGAAACCUCGCUUGUCCAACAAAGCUUUUAUUAUUCAACACUUUGCAGAUAAGGUGGAGUACCAGUGUGAAGGAUUUUUGGAAAAAAACAAAGAUACUGUCUAUGAAGAACAGAUCAAGGUUCUCAGAUCAAGUAAGUUUAAGAUGCUACCUGAGCUGUUUCAAGAGGAGAAGGCCAUCAGUCCCACUUCAGCAACGCCCUCUGGUCGUACCCCACUGUCUCGAGCAGCCAUAAAACCAGCCAAGUCGAAAAUGAUCCAAACGAGCAAAGAACAUAAGAAAACUGUGGGGCAUCAGUUCAGAAAUUCUCUGCAUCUUUUGAUGGAGACCCUUAAUGCCACAACUCCACAUUAUGUGCGGUGUAUUAAACCAAAUGACUUCAAGUUUCCAUUUAUGUUUGAUGAAAAGCGGACCGUACAACAGCUCAGAGCUUGUGGUGUGCUGGAAACAAUCCGUAUCAGUGCAGCUGGUUUCCCUUCUAGGUGGACAUAUCAAGAAUUCUUCAGCCGCUAUCGUGUCCUGAUGAAGCAGAAAGAUGUCCUCAGUGACAGGAAACAGACUUGUAAAAAUGUCUUGGAAAAGCUGAUUCUGGACAAGGAUAAAUACCAGUUUGGGAAGACAAAAAUAUUUUUCCGGGCUGGUCAAGUAGCUUAUUUGGAAAAAAUAAGGGCUGAUAAACUAAGGGCAGCUUGCAUCCGUAUCCAAAAAACCAUCAGGGGGUGGUUGAUGCGAAAGAAGUACCUGCGCAUGAAGAAGGCAGCUAUUACCAUUCAGAGAUAUGUCCGUGGGUACCAAGCACGAUGUCUUGCAAUGUUUUUACGAAGGACCAAAGCUGCCAUCAUUAUUCAGAAAUUCCAGCGCAUGUACGCUACCCGCAAGCGGUAUCGACACACCCGAGCAGCUACUGUUAUUCUCCAGUCACACUUGCGAGGCUACAUUGCCAGGAAGAAGUAUCAUAAGAUGCUUUGGGAGCACAAGGCCACCAUUAUCCAAAAACAUGUGCGUGGCUGGCUGGCUCGCUUGCACUAUCACAGGACUUUGAAGGCAAUUAUUUAUCUGCAAUGCUGCUACCGGCGCAUGAUGGCAAAGAGGGAGCUGAAGAAACUGAAGAUAGAGGCCCGCUCUGUAGAACACUAUAAGAAACUCAACGUUGGCAUGGAGAAUAAGAUUAUGCAGCUCCAACGUAAAAUUGAUGACCAGUCACGAGACUCCAGAUCCCUUGUUGAGAAGCUCACUAGUUUAGAGACAGCAUACAAUUCUGAGACGGAGAAGCUGAGGAAUGACAUAGAAAGGCUUCGGAUGAGUGAAGAAGAGGCCAAGAAUGCCACCAAUCGCGUCAUUAGCCUUCAAGAGGAGAUUGGCAGGCUCCGAAAGGAGUUGAACCAGACCCAGACUGAGAAAAGAACAAUUGAAGAAAAGGCAGAUAUCUAUAAGCAAGAAACAGACAAGCUGGUGUUGGAACUAAAAGAGCAAAACACGCUUCUUAAAAAGGAAAAGGAUGAGCUGAAUAGUCGCAUCCAAGAUCAGGCCAAAGAAAUUACAGAGGUCAUAGAGAAAAGGUAUCUUGAGGAGACAAAACAACUGGACCUAGAUCUGAACAAUGAAAGGCAGAGAUAUCAGAAUCUGCUCCAAGAGUUCAGCCGGUUAGAAGAGCGAUAUGAUGACCUCAAGGAUGAGAUGAAGCUGAUGGGGAGUGUUUCCAAGCCAGGGCACAAGAGAACAGACUCCACCCAUAGUAGCAAUGAAUCAGAAUAUACUUACAGCUCUGAGAUCACUGAAGCUGAAGAUUUACCAAUGAGAACAGAGGAACCAAGUGAGAAGGCACCUUUGGACAUGUCUCUCUUCCUCAAACUACAAAAACGAGUGAAGGAGCUGGAGCUAGAAAAGCAGUCCCUGCAGGAUGAGCUAGACAGAAAGGAGGACCAAGUUAUUCGAGCCAAGGCCAAGGAGGAAGAAAGGCCUCAGAUGAGAGGAGCAGAGCUGGAAUAUGAAUCUCUUAAGCGUCAAGAGCUUGAGUCAGAGAAUAAGAAACUAAAGAAUGAAUUGAAUGAGUUGAGAAAGGCCCUGAUGGAGAAGAGUGCUCCGGAUGUCACUAUGCCUGGUGCCCCAGCAUACAGGGUCCUUUUGGACCAAAUGACGUCUGUCAGUGAAGAGCUGGAGGUACGCAAGGAGGAAGUUCUCAUCUUGAGGUCUCAACUGAUGAGCCAGAAGGAGGCAGUCCAUCCCAAGAACACCAUGACAGACUCUACAAUCCUUUUGGAAGAUGUACAGAAGAUGAAGGACAAAGGAGAGAUUGCUCAAGCUUAUAUUGGACUAAAGGAGACAAACAGAUCAUCUCCUCAAGACUGUCAUUUGCUGAAUGAGGAUGGAGAACUGUGGCUGGUGUAUGAAGGGCUAAAACAAGCCAACAGGCUUCUGGAAUCUCAACUGCAGGCUCAGAAAAGAAGCCACGAGAAUGACCUGGAGGCCCUCCGUGGAGAGAUUCAGAGUCUGAAGGAAGAGAAUAAUCGCCAGCAGCAGUUGUUGGCACAGAAUCUCCAGCUGCCUCCAGAAGCCCGGAUAGAAGCCAGCCUGCAGCAUGAAAUCACCCGCCUGACAAAUGAAAACUUGUAUUAUGAGGAGUUAUGUGCAGAUGACCCCGUGAUGUCUCAGUCAUACCGGAUAUCACUUUACAAACGGAUUAUUGAUUUAAUGGAACAGCUGGAAAAACAGGACAAGACUGUUCGCAAACUGAAAAAGCAGCUGAAAGUUUUCGCCAAAAAAAUCGAUGAGCUUGAAGUGGGCCAGAUGGAGAACAUUUCACCUGGACAAAUAAUUGAUGAGCCGAUACAUCCUGUUAAUAUUCCAAGGAAAGAAAAAGACUUCCAAGGAAUGUUAGAGUACAAGAAAGAAGAUGAACCAAAACUUGUUAAGAAUCUUAUUUUGGACCUGAAGCCUCGUGGAGUGGCAGUAAAUCUCAUCCCAGGGUUGCCAGCUUACAUUUUGUUCAUGUGUGUGCGCCACGCUGACUACCUGAACGAUGAUCAAAAAGUGAGGUCCUUGCUGACUUCUACAAUUAAUGGCAUCAAAAAAAUUUUGAAGAAAAGAGGCGAUGACUUUGAAACAGUCUCCUUCUGGCUGUCUAACACGUGCCGAUUUUUGCACUGUUUGAAGCAGUACAGUGGUGAAGAAGGGUUUAUGAAGCAUAACACAUCUCGUCAGAAUGAACAUUGCCUGACUAAUUUUGACCUUGCUGAGUACAGACAAGUCCUAAGUGACUUGGCCAUCCAGAUCUACCAGCAGCUUGUCAGAGUUUUGGAGAAUAUUUUGCAGCCAAUGAUUGUUUCAGGAAUGCUGGAGCAUGAAACUAUCCAAGGAGUGUCAGGGGUGAAACCCACUGGCCUCCGAAAGAGAACCUCUAGCAUUGCCGAUGAAGGGACAUACACUCUGGAUUCGAUAAUCCGACAGCUGAACACCUUCCACUCCAUCAUGUGCCAGCACGGCAUGGAUCCUGAGCUGAUCAAACAGGUGGUCAAGCAGAUGUUCUACAUCAUUGGGGCUGUCACCCUCAAUAACCUUCUCCUGCGAAAAGACAUGUGCUCCUGGAGCAAAGGAAUGCAGAUAAGGUACAAUGUAAGUCAGCUAGAAGAAUGGCUUCGUGACAAAAACCUGAUGAACAGUGGGGCAAAGGAGACCCUGGAGCCGUUGAUCCAGGCUGCUCAGCUGCUGCAAGUGAAAAAGAAGACGGACGAGGAUGCAGAGGCCAUCUGCUCCAUGUGCCACGCAUUGACUACUGCGCAGAUUGUGAAAGUGUUGAACUUAUAUACUCCCGUCAAUGAGUUUGAAGAAAGGGUGUCUGUGUCUUUUAUCCGGACGAUACAGCUGCGUAUGCGAGACAGGAAGGAUUCUCCUCAACUGUUAAUGGAUGCUAAGCAUAUUUUCCCUGUUACUUUUCCAUUUAACCCAUCCUCUCUUGCAUUAGAAACUAUCCAGAUUCCAGCAAGUUUGGGUCUAGGAUUCAUCACUCGGGUCUGAACAAGAACAGAGUUAAGCUGUUGACCAUCAGUUUCUACUUAUAAUCUCUAAUAAUGAAAAUAAAUUCAGUGAAAAGCCAUUGGGGGUUGGGGAGGAGUAGAAGAAAAAGACUGGAGGAAAAUCUUGUGUAUGCUCUAAACUGCAUUGCAGAAAACUGGAAUGCUAUAUAAUUAUCUCAUAACUGAAGGCUGAUGGAAACCAUGCACAUUUGUACAAAUUCACUAGUCUCGUGCUGAGGCCUACAUAAAGCUUUCAGAUUAAGAAAAUCUUCAGUACACACCUAAAUGUUUUUCCCCCUGUUGGUUGCAAGCUGUCUUAUGUUUGCAUUGUAAACCAAAAACGGUCUGUGACUGAUAAAUCAUGAUUUUUUUUCUUUUCAUUUUAAGAUCAAAAUUAUAAUGUGUACCUGAUGGCAAAGAGAAAAUUGUGUGAAGUGGAAUUUUCUCAGUUUAACAGUUCUGAGAAUCCCUUCAUACAUUCCGUAUUUCACACGUACACUGUUUUGUACAAAACAGCCACCAACAAUCACAGGUUCCUUCUGUGCCUCCGCUGGGUGGAACAGCGUUCUAUAACUCUUUCCAGUGCGAUGGUGUGAGUGUGUACAUCCAAUCCAUAAUGUGUUUCUGAUUCUCAUGUUGACCAAGAAGCUAAAGCUGAGGCUAUAUUAAAUCUCCUUACAAGACAUUUCAGCAUAAUUAAGUCAUAAGUGAUCUGCUAAUUAACAGGGACCAGGGAGGAGCUAAAGCCAGGUGUGAUUUUCAGUGAAGAAUGGAAAUGUUUAGGGAUAACUUUGUGUGUGUGUAUGUGUGUGUGUGUAUCUACAUACACACACACAUAUCAAAGACCUGAAAAUGUAACCAAAAUGGGCAACUUACAGUAUAAUUGAUCAGGCAUUUCGCCUGUACAAACUAUAUUGAAAUACGUAGUAGUCAUACUCUUGAGAAACACCAUUCAUUAUGACAAGGUUAAAUAGUCUUUUUUUUUUUUUUUGGUAGAUUUCACCCUGAGAGAUAGUUGAUCAAAAUUGCUUCCCUAUUUAUGUCAGUGUGUGGCAUAAAUGAUGAAAUAAUCAAAACUAUUCUGGUUUACUGUCUGGUACAAUAGAGCUGCUUAUUAGUACUAUUUCAAAAUAUAUCAGAAGUGUUGCGGUGUACUGUGUUCUUUUAAAUGUACAAUACUUUUUAAGGAGCAGAAAUGCAGGUUUAUAAAAUCAAUACAACUUUAACAGUCCGGUCUGCAAGUGUCAAGAAACAUAAGUGGUAAUAGGAAAUUAUAACUAAGCACAAUCUAAGAAACUGGAACCCGGAUAAGGAUUAUUUGAGGUUUUCUAAAGUCAAAGAACAACCCAACUAUAUUAUAUUUUAUAUUUAUUUAUUGUUUUGGUGUAUGUUGGCUUUUCGUUUUGGUUUUUUAUUUGCCACAUGUCUAAUGACAGCGUGUAAUAUUUAUUUUGGGGGCUUGGGGGGAGUUUUUUUGUGGAGAAAGGGCUCAUCUAAAAUGCAUCUCAAAUAUUUAUCUGGAAAAGAAACUAUUCCCCUACCAACACCCCACUCCCAAUCCUAUGAUUUUCUUAAGACCUUGCUACACAUUCAUUAUUUUAAAUGUAAUGCUAUCCCUAAUUUGGACCUACUUUAUUAAAAAAGAAAGAAAUAUUCCCUUUCUGCUUCUCUGGGAACAUUUCAUUUGGACACAUUAUGAACAAGGAUAUCAUUUGAGGAAAAGAUUUUUCCAGAAUCUCUCAGGUUGCAGAUACUUGUCAUGAUUUUCCUCAGUGUGAAACUGACAUUUUGAAAUGUUUGUGGGCCCUCACUUGUUUUCCAGACCCUUUUUUAAAAUAAUAAUAAUAAAAAACAGAUAUGGUCAGUGAUGAUCAGACAUAUGUUGGAAGACGCUGCAUAUUUUGAAACUGCUGUGUGCAAUAUUUUAAUGUAUCAUAAAAAUUGAAGCGUAUGUUUAUUUUCAAACAUAUCUCUGCUGUAAGUGCACAUUAUUAAAAUGGUCUGGUACUGGACUUAAUUUUCUCUGUGCACCUAAAAGAUGCUCUCGCUUGAAGAAAGAAACAGGUUUAAAUAGGUUUUUCAUGGGUGAGAAAGAGAUGUGACUGACAGGGUCAUUUUUGAGGUAAAUAAAACAAACCCAAUAUUCUAAUAGCUCGUUUGGGAUACCCUUCCCCCAUUUUUGUUUUGUUUUAUUGUGGGUAGGGAAGUAUAUGCUCUUUAAUUGAUUCUUUUUUUAAAAAAAAGAAACAUUCAGGUACCUGCACUCAAGCAUAGCCUUUAAUGUGUGUUCUUUAUUUAUGGUACAUUAAUAGGUCUUUACUUGAACGUGUUUACUUUAUAGCUGGCAUCAUGUUUACAAAAAUGACUAAGAGGAUGUGUUCCUCCUAUUAAAAGGCAAACUUCCUCUGUGGCUGUAGCCAGUUAGGGCUUGUUACCAUGAAAGAGAUGAAAGUUGCUGUCCUAGAGUGGCCAUUGCCACACUGAUGGCUUCCUAAGUUAUUUGGAUUCUGUUAUCGUAAUCUCCCAGCCACAGGUGUAAACUAGUCCAUUUCCUGUGCGGGGGCUGCAAUCAAAUAAUAUGUGUCCCAUGAAUAUCUUCAUAGAGCAGGUGAAAAUACAAAACAAUAACAAUAGAGUUUUAAUCAGUCAUCUUUAGGGCUAUAAUGGAGCACCUGAAUGAAACUGAGAAUGUUUCAGAGACACUGAAUAUGCUUUGCUGAACUGGUGACACCAGUUAAAUUGGCAUUGGAGGUUGACUUGGGUGUGCCCCUUCUGGAGAACCUGGGAGAGGGCAUGUGCCCUGUUGUCCCCUCCCCCCCAAACUCAUGUUCCCAGCAAGAUUUGCCAUACUGUUUGUGGAUUAUGAGCAUUUAUGUUCAGAAUCUGUGGGGAACAAAUUAAGAAGAGUAACCUUAGAAGGCCCUGGAUUGGUCAGCUUGGGAUGUUUACAGCUACUUACAUGGCGAAGUACACUAACUUCUCAACUUUUACGGGAUUCUUAGUGUAUCAUGAAAAGGCUAUAACAGAAAUGAUUUAAGAAGACAGCAGUACUUUUAAAAUCUAGUACCCCAACUAAUUUUUCUCCCAGGACAUCUUCCUACUGAUUCUCUAGAAGUACUGGAAUUCUGCCUUUUCAUUUCAACUGAAUUUUUUUCCAAGAAUUUAACAAUUCCAGAAGUGAUAAUAUUGUUUAAAUGUAUAGUUUUUAAUUUUCAUUUUAUUUGUAUAAAAGCCUUAUUGUAUCUUGUUUACUAAUUAGAGUGAUAGAUGCCUAUAGGCGUUAUCCUCAUACUGAGCAGUCUGAUUAAUACAUGUUUCUGUCACAUUAAAACCGAAUGCUGCUUUACAUGUUUUAAAGGAAGCUAUUUCUGAGUUUAACUGUGUUUUGUAAUUCAUUAAAUACUUUACAUAUCAGUAUUUUACAUGCACUUUUCAUAGGUUUAAUAUUUUAAUGUUACAUGCUAUAAAACCAGCUGUUUUCAAGUUAGAACUUGUAGAGUCUAACAAUUCUCAUUUUGCUAUUUUUUUUCCUUUUAAAACAUGAUCAUGUUGUUUUAAUGUGGAAGUGUUGCUGUUUCUAAUUUUAACUGAUAUGCUAUAUCCUCCCCAGUGCUGAAAGAAGUGCUUUUGAAAUGUAUAGACCCGAAGUAUUCCUCAAAUAUUACCUCAUUGUUUCAGAUAGUUUUUGCUUUUCUUCCAAUGACAUGUUCAACAUAAUCUCAUGCCCCGCAUUUGGAAGAAUAUUUCUCUAGCUUCUGUCUGGAACAAUUUUGUUUUAUGGAAUGUUAAUCAGUUGUGCAAUCCCGUGCACACUUUUAAAGCCCUAAGAAAGUUGCAGGUAAGGAUUAAUGCACUGUACUUAAAACACGCUUGUUUUGAUCAUGCAGCUUCUUUCUUGCUUGUGCUGGACCUGUUGUUUUCAGUGCACUCCCCCACAGAAUCCCACCAUCAUGAGGGUAUCCUGGGUAGGUUGGGGUCAUUGACUUGUCUGUUUCCACGUGUACAAAGCUGUGUGCAUCUGGUAGCAGUCUCAGUAAAUUUGCACUAUUCAUAAGAGGUCUCUCCUGAUAGAAAGAUGUCUGCUUUUGUGGGGCAGAUUCUCCCAUGACAUCUGAUCUCAUACGCAGCAGAUUUUGGCAAAGGAAACAAUAAUUUCAGGGCCAUACGUGGAUACAAAGUCCUCCUGAUUCCAAUACUGUAAAGCUUUUCUCAAAGCAGCUCUCUUUUGACUUUUGAGUUAGUUUGCUAUCUCAAACCCUCAUGUCUUUUUCCUUUGAAGACUUUCAAAACUGGACACAUUUCAAUUUUUUUUUUUUUAAUCGAUCAUUAUACUUUUAAACUUGCAAUUCCUUUUGAAGCAAAAACAACAGGGUGUAGGGUCUUUUCCCCACUAGACAUUGCCAGAGUAGAUAGAAACCAAAAUGUUAUCUGAAUGACUUACGCUUGGAAUUGUCAUGGUGUCUGACAUAAUUAAUAAAUGUAUGCUUCAUAAAUGCUGUAUCUUAGAAGAAAUGUCCAAAUAAAAGGAAAUGCU